AUGAUCAACUUCAUCCUAGCUCUUUGGAGCCUCGCGAUUACGCAAAGGGCGACAGCUUGGGAUACUUCUCAGAUAGAGAAUUACGCCGACUCGAUAAAGACUGUUGACUACAACUCUCGCUCGCGCUGGGACGUUUUGCAUCCCAGCACCUUCGACAGCCUCUUGGACACUUGGAAAAGACAACAGAAGGUCUUUGCGUCUGCCAAGGCGUCACGCUGCCCAUCCCUUUGCAGCGAUGUCGGCCCCUACCCUGAAAAGUGGGCAGUUUAUGCCGACCUCGAUCGCCUGAAGGCUUGCAACGAAACGGUGUUAUUCGGCGUCAACAUCUUCAACAAUCUUCCUGAUGGUGUCGCCAGGACCAGCAUCAGGGUAUGCACAGCAGACGUUGAUAGGUCGCCGCCUUCAUCUAGAAGAGAUGGUAAUGCUUCGCCUGAGAGCCGUCCAUCGAACGAGCAACUCGUCACUUCUGCCAUCCGUCUAGCCUUGGGCGGUAAAAAGGCCGAGGCAUAUUUGACGGAUGAUGUGAUGGCCGCCGGCCGGCAGAUUAUCAACUAUGUCAACAACAAACCCACAGUCAACGGAAACCAACCCACUCUCGCACUUGUCUCGGUUCGCGACAAUGUUAUGAUGGGAGUUUACACAGGACACCGGGCCCGCCAGCAAGGUAUUCAUGAAACACUGCUCGAGAAGGUCCUCGCCGAGGUCCAGCAGAACGGGACCUCCGAUUCCAUCCUCAUGGAGCUUUGCGACAACGACUCUAAGCGCGGCGCUGAUUACAUUGUGGGAGUUGCAGCUAGCACUGUGGGCAACUUCUCGUUUGUGCAAGAGGCUGCGAUCACAUGGGCCUAUGGGAAAUGUAUGACAGACGAUAUUGCGAUGACAGUCCUGCCAAAGGUAUACUCCGGAGUCACAUGGAACGUUCUCAACGUCUCUCCCAACUUUACCUCGUCCGUCAACAAGAAGGAAAUGACUCGAGACACCCCCAAAGUAAGGCAUGAUGGAACCUGUAUCACUCGGCAGGCUGUCUCUGGAGAUUCGUGCGCAUCUCUGGCAGCCAAGUGCGGCAUCUCGCCUGCGGAUUUCACCAAGUAUAAUAGCUACGACAAAUCCCUUUGCUCCAAACUGGUGCCAGGACAACAUGUUUGUUGUAGUAAAGGGCGUCUUCCCGAUUUGAGGCCUAAACCUGGCAAAGAUGGUGUCUGCCACGUUUAUACGACGAAUGGAGGGGACACAUGCUCGACCAUUGCCGCAGCGCAUGGUCUGGAGGCGUCCGACAUCGAAAAGUUCAACAAAAAGACUUGGAACUUCCCUGGUUGCAAGAAUCUCUGGGCCCAUAUCAAAAUCUGCCUCAGCAAGGGUGAUCCUCCGAUGCCUGCAGAGAUAGCUGUAAGUCUUCAGAGUCAAUCUACCAGAACCGCGUACGCAUGGGUAGACGCUGAUCAGUCUCAGGUACCGGGUACAAAAAGACCCAAACGAGGCACCGACCUGGCCGACUUGAACCCAUGUCCCCUCAAUGCCUGUUGUAAUAUUUGGGGCAACUGCGGCGUGACUGCCGAAUUCUGCACCGAAUCGGGGUCCGAGUCCGGAGCCCCGGGGACAGCUGCUCCAGGGGAGAACGGGUGUAUCUCUAAUUGCGGAGUCGAAAUCGUCAAGAGCGAUGCUCCUGAGAAGCCGAUACGGAUCGGUUACUUCGAGGCAUGGAAUGCUAAAAGACCUUGCCUCAACAUGCGUGCCGAUCAAAUAUCUACGGACGAGUACACCCAUAUUCAUUUUGCAUUUCCCAACGUGACGGAAGACUUCAAAAUCAACGUCUCCAAUAUUCAGAAAGAAUUCGAUCGAUUCAAGAAGCUUACGGGGGUGAAGAGGGUUGUCUCUUUAGGUGGAUGGGCUUUCAGCAACGACGCAGCCACGGUCCAUAUUCUGCGAAACGCUGUUCUCCUACAAAAUCAAGUCACCUUUCAAAGAAACAUCGUCGACUUCCUUGAAGAGCACGAACUUGACGGUAUUGAUCUCGAUUGGGAGUAUCCGGAGGCUAUGGAUAUCGACGGAACUCCGCCUGGGAGUGAACUUGAAGGAGACCUCCUAGCUGUUUUCAUAAAACGGCUAAGGAAAUCCAUGCCAGAAGGCAAAAGCAUUUCCUUCGCGGCGCCAUCAUCAUACUGGUAUCUCCGAGCAUACCCCAUAGAGGUCAUGGCACCGUUCGUCAACUAUGUGGUGUACAUGACCUACGAUCUCCACGGUCAAUGGGACCAUGGAAAUGCCUUCACCUCCCCCGGAUGCCCUUCUGGAAACUGCCUUCGAUCCCACAUCAAUAUGACAGAGACCAUAACGGCUUUGUCUAUGUUAACCAAGGCCGGGAUGCCCUCCAACAAGAUCGCGGUGGGCAUAACAAGCUACGGACGGUCCUUUCAUAUGGCGGAGAAGAACUGCUAUUCGGAGUGGUGUCUCUUCACGGGCACGAGGGUCAAGUCCGAGGCGACCCCCGGAAUUUGCACCGGCGAGCCGGGCUAUAUCGCAAACGCCGAGAUCGAAGAGAUGAGGGAACACUACUUGACCCACAUCAAGUCCGACCUAUUGGCGGACAUCAUCGUUUACAACGAUACCGAGUAUGUUUCUUACAUGACGGAUGAGCACAAGACCGCACGCAAGGCGCUUUACGAUAUGUGGCAUAUGGCUGGCACUAGCGACUGGGCAGUCGAUCUUCAGUCAUAUUCUUACGACGACUAUUAUAACGAAGACUACGUAUCCGAGCCUCUCGCGAAAUGUGACGGCACCUACGACAAUAUCGACGACGUUCACAACGACAAGGGCAACAUCCCGAACCACUGCAUCAACAAAUACGUCAUCGGGGCGCUGGGCAAGAUGCUCAAGAAGGCCGUCGGUGAGUACAGCGAAAUCAUGGACGACGACUACGACAAGAAGUUUGAAUACUUCGCAGACGCUUUACGGCAGCAGUGGAGGUCUGGCAUGUCAAACCUCUUCUCGAAACAUCUUGACGAGCACUUUGAUUGUUUCCGGAAGCAGGGCGGUGGCCUCGUCGACCAUGCGUGCCCGCCUUUCGACAAAUCCCCCGGGCUAUCAACCAAGAUCGUGCUCAAGGUCAAGGACGAGGACAAGCUCAAGAAGUUCAUCCUAGAGGAAUAUACCAUUGACUGGGACAACAUUGAGUUUGUCGAAAUCUCGUUAGAGGAUAACGGGAGCGGCCACGGCUGCAAUCUUGGCCCAUGCGGCAUGUAUUUCAUCGCGGGCGUGCCGCGUCUGAAAAGGAACGCCGACGUCCCGAAUCCCAAAUCCUCCGUCGCGGAGUCCAUCUCAAACCUCCGUAAGCUUCCAGACGUCCUCUUGAACACAGCCAAAGACAUCAACGAUCUCCCUGCCGACUCCUCCCCCGAAGACGUCAUCGACGGGGCCAUGCUGCCGGUGUUCAUGGUCAUGACAGCGACGGAGGCAAUGAACCAAGUUGCCGACAUCGGGGAGGAGCUGGAGGAGGCCGAGCGCAAGUGGAUCAUUGGCAUGAUCGUCACGGCGAUCCUCUUCGUCAUCCCAGCCAUCGGUAGCGCGCUGACGGCGGUGACGGGAAUCGCCAUGAUCGCCCGGGUCGCGACGCUGGCGGCGGAGGCCGGCAACGCGGUGUACGGCGCGAUUGACAUUGCGGAGAACCCGGAAAACGCCGUCGCAGGCAUCUUCGGCAUCGUUCUGGGUAUCGCCGGCGUCGGAUCCGCGGUCAAGGGGGUCUGGAAAGAGGCGGCGUUAUUGCGGCGUGGCUUCAAGGCGGCUGACCUUGCGAGUCUGGGCGGCGGUGUGAAGAGCAAGGUUGACUUGGUGGACUCUAUGGUCAAGGUAUGUCGGAUCAAGUCAUGA